AUGGCCUGUACUGCCCCCAUCGUUAUCUUCUGCCUCCUGGUCGUCUGCCCCACAGACUCCCUGGACCCAGGGCCAGCCAUGGCUCUGACCCUCUCCGAGGUUGGCAACAGCUUUCCAAGCCGAGAUCUCUGGCCACACCAGAUGCAGACCACAACACACCACCGCAGACACGGCCUCAAGAGACACGACCGGGCCUACCAUGGGAUGCCGGGGUUCAGGGUUCGGGGGUCUGCGGAUGGGGCCACCCCACAAGUCGUAAGCUGGACAACCUUGAGGGAUGAUCCGGGAUUCAUGGAACGGCCUGCCAGCCUCCGGCAAAAAGACAUCUUCCUGGGCUUCGAGCUCCCGUAUCCCGACCAAGAGAACCAUGCCCCCGGAUUGGAAAGGGUGAAGAAGCAGAACCGGGACCACUGGCGGCACAGCCGCAGAGAAAGGUCGAAACAACACCGAGGAAAAGGUUCUUACCCGGGUCCAAGCGCGUUGUACAAGAAGCCUGAAAACUUUGAGGAACAGUUUCAGGCCCUCCAUGGCGAAGGCUCUUCGGCAGGCAUGGUUCCCACCUCCCUCCUGGAAUCCAUGCCGAGGACAUCUACCGAGGAGCCCACGGCCCUCCGAGUGACAUCCCCCCGGCCGCGGGUCCGCUUCAGGCAAGAAGGCGACGUGAUGCCCACCCUUGAUAUGACCCUCUUUGACUGGACCGAUUACGAAGAUCUCCGGCUGGAUAUGUGGCUGCCGAGCCGGAGAAAAGAGAAACAGCAUAGUAAGAAUGGCAGCAAUGAAACCAUGCCUGGCGAGAGGGAGCCCUGUGACCAUCACCUUGACUGCAUCCCAGGAUGUUGCUGUGACUUGCGUGAGCAUCUUUGCAAGCCCCACAACCGCGGCCUUAACAACAAAUGCUACGAUGACUGUAUGUGCACUGAAGGCCUCCGCUGUUAUGCCAAAUUUCACCGCAACCGAAGAGUGACCCGACGAAAAGGCCGUUGCGUAGAGCCGGAAUCUGCUGAUGGUGAUCAAGGAUCGUUUAUUAAUGUCUAGGAGGAUGCCAGGGUGCUUUUUCUGGGUCCGGAAGCAGAAGGCAUUAAGUUAUCAGUAGUGGUGUGGACGUACCCCGACCAAAUGAUUCCGACACUUUAGGCUGAGGCAAGACUGAGCCGAACGUACAUCUGAAGCAGGCUUUCUGAAUUAAAUCUGGAGGCACCAUUUCGGUCACACACCCCAAAAGGUUUAUUUUUGCCAUCUGUUAAAAUUAAGAAUUAGCCACUCCCAAAGGUUACCUUCUGCAUCUCUUUCCGAGUCCCUGCUCUAGGGGUUCCUCUUUGUCGGAGGCAGCCUCCUCUGAGUGAGUCUGUAUUGAGAGUGAUUGACUGCUACAAACGCACCCAGCAGAAUGAUCAGCUCUCGGUGGAGGCUAGAGCAGGAGAUCAUCCAGAGUUGCAGCAGCACUCCUCUCUCGGUGUGCUAUUGUUUGGGGAGUCUGGAGCUGGGAAUAAACCCUGUAGCCUGAACCUGUGGUCUGCUGCCCUGGGGCUUUCAGUGCACCAGAAUGAAGAGACCCCUUGCUUACAAGUGCAGGAAUCCAGGCCAGGCGAGGCAUUAUUCUAACGUACCAGUGUGUGUCUGCACAGAACUGGAAGAACACUGACAUUACUCAAACUAUGUGCCUCAGGAAGCUGCAUUUCACCUCCCAAAUUGAUGGUGUGACAUUAAGCCAAUUUCCACUCCCCCUAAAAAAAUAUUCUUCCUUAUUAUGCAUUCCUUUGCAUAGAUCAAUCUGCUUCUGCAAAACUCCUGCCCCAUCCUUUUGCCAGCACUGCCUGCUCAUUGUCAAGCUUAUCUCCAUCAGGACUAGAAACUUGAAUCCCAGCAGAAACAGUUUUGCUUAUGAGCACUGAGUCACCAGCUUCCUCCCUCUUUCUCUUUUGGGAAAUUGUGUCUUUUGGGAUUAAUGAGCUGUUCUCUGCCAGCCUGCAGUGCCUAAUUCAUUUGG